GGCCUGCAGCGGCAGGUCAGAGGCCCGCCCCGUGACGUCACUCCCCACUGCAACCUGCUAAUUCAAAAAGGAUCCAAGCGGUCUGCUCCCAAUACGAGCAAGGUCAGCGAGCAAGGACUACGGCAGGAUAACCUUACGCUCAUCAUCAUCAUAGUAAGGGAUCCGUUUGACCCCAUUAAAAAUGCCACCUGCUGUUGGAGGUCCUCCUGCUGUCACUCCACCUGAUGGAGAUUGGGGCUGGGCCGUGGUCUUUGGAGCCUUCAUCUCCAUCGGCUUUUCCUAUGCCUUCCCCAAGGCCACCACCGUUUUCUUCAAAGAUAUCCAGAACAUCUUUGAUGCCUCAUACAGUCAGGUAGCCUGGAUAUCUUCCAUAAUGCUUGCAGUGAUGUAUGCAGGAGGUCCCAUAAGCAGUAUAUUGGUAAACACAUAUGGCUGCAGACCAAUUAUGAUGAUGGGUGGAGUCCUUUGUGCAAUUGGAAUGAUUUCAGCAUCUUUCUGCAACAAGGUAGUAGAACUUUACGUUUGCAUUGGAGUUAUUGGAGGUUUGGGCCUAGCCUUCAACCUCCAGCCUGCUCUAACAAUGAUUGGGAAAUAUUUCUUCAAGAAGCGGCCGAUAGCCAAUGGGCUAGCUAUGGCAGGCAGUCCCGUGUUCCUAAGCACGCUGGCUCCUCUCAACCAGUAUCUUUUCAAUUCCUUUGGCUGGAGGGGGAGCUUCCUCAUUCUAGGUGGCUUGCUACUAAAUUGCUGUGUGGCUGGGUCCCUGAUGAGGCCGCUGGAGCCGCCCCCUGGCAAAAAGGAAAAGGAUAGCUCAGCCACGGAUGCUUCUGUGCAGAAGAAAGAGAAACAGACCGCCUGGAAGACAGUCAACAAGUAUCUUGACCUCUCGCUUUUCAAACACAGGGGCUUCCUUAUCUACUUAUCAGGGAAUGUUAUCAUGUUUCUUGGUUUCUUUGCCCCAAUUGUGUUCCUUGCUGCCUAUGCUAAAGAUAUGGGUGUCGAUGAAUACUCAGCAGCUUUCCUGCUGUCUAUUCUAGCCUUUGUGGACAUGUUUGCUAGGCCAUCUAUGGGACUGCUGGCAAACACCAAAUGGAUUCGACCAAAGAUUCAGUAUUUUUUCAGCUUUGCUAUACUGUAUAAUGGGAUUUGCCAUAUACUUUGCCCAUUUGUGAAUGACUACAGUGGCCUAGUUGUGUACGCAGUGUUCUUUGGUUUUGCUUUCGGGAUGGUCAGUUCAGUCCUCUUUGAAACAUUGAUGGACCUCGUUGGUGCUCAGCGGUUCUCAAGUGCCGUUGGCCUGGUCACCAUUGUCGAGUGCUGCCCUGUCCUCAUAGGCCCACCACUGGCAGGCAAGCUGGUCGACAUCACCAAGAACUACAAAUACAUGUACUUCUGCUGUGGAGCCGUGGUGAUCCUUUCCAGUAUCUGGCUGUUCAUAGGGAAUGCCAUUAACUACAGACUGCUGGACCGAGAGCGCAAACAAAAGAAGCAGACCCAGGACGCUGAUGGCGGUAACCAGAGGGACGCGGAAGGUGACCCUGAGGUCAUGGAUAACCUCUGUGAUGACUCUCAGAAGGAGGAGCAACCCAUGCAGCGGGAAACGAAUAUUUAAGCACUUUCCAGUGUUUCGAGUGUCCUGAGGUGUUACUUCCCAAUGGCGUGUGCUGUUCCCAUAGUGCCCGCACAUAGGCUAAUAUAUAGACAAAACACUGCCAAAGAAAUGGCAGGGUCUGUAACAUUGAGAGACAUUGUAUUCAGUGAUGCUUUAAACUGCAUUUUAAAUGAAGCGAACGUACAUACCGUGUGGUCAAGAUAUUAGCGGCUUGAGUUCAGUGGUCCAGGUGGAAAGCCCUCUGCCCCUUUGCUUCCAGCGGCAAAUUCUAUUAUACGUAAAGUUCAUGUUGCUAAUCUCCUAAACCGUGUCUUCUUAUUAAUUGGACUGAAUGAUCAUUGGCUAACGAAAAGCACGGAUUGCACCGGGCAGACAGCUGUGGUAGUGUUGUUGUAGCUUGUUUUUGUGGAUAUACGCAAACUAUUGAAGUAACACAUUUGGAAUUCAUAAGCAAUAUUAUAUCUUGAAUUGUUAGCGAUGUUUGUUUACUCAUUUAUUAGAUCCUUGACAAAGGCAGCAUGUUUAGAUGUCUAACACCCUUAAUCCCUUAUAUAUGCCUUAAGUUAGAAGAUAUGACCAUUUUUAAUAUGACUUAAAUGACAAAAAUUUGUAUGCAAUUAUUAUACCCUGAAAAUAAUGGCGAAUCAUAAUGUGAACAUUUAAUUAGUUAGUGGCCCAAUUUAGACAAAACCUUUCUUUUUUCUUCUCAGGUUCCUGCCUGUUGUUCGCAAUGCCACAACUAAAUGUGAAUACAUUUUUAUUCACAUUAACAGUUUUAAACAUUUUUCAUUAUUAGUUAACACUAACAGCAUUUUAAGGUUAUUUAAAGUCUUUUUUUAUUAAACAAAUCUUAUUUAUAAUUUUCCCUAGCUUCUAGUAAUAGUAUAUUUUAUGAGUACAAAUGCUUCAGGUCUGUGUCAUCUCAAGGAUGAUAGUGGUGGUGUCUAACUUAGACUGCAUUUAGGCUAAACUAGGGACAAAUUAGAAUGUUGAACUUCCCAGAAACAUGUUCCACUCUACACAUUUAUAAAGGAUGUGUGAUGUUCUUGUGACUGAUAUUACUGCCAUUAAAGGCAGUUAUUGUUCCUGCAGGGAAACUUACUGAUCCAUUUGUAAGCCCAACACUUAAUUAGCAUCUGAAGAAUAGGAGCAAUUUAUGCUCUGUAAGGUGUCCUUGGGUUUUUGAAAGGCGCCCAAAAAUAAAAUGUAUUAUUAUUAUUAUUUCUAAACUUGUGUCCAAAUUCAAAAGGAAAAAACUUGAGCGAUUUCUAAAAUCUUUGCGCCAGUUACAGAAAGCAUUUUGGCAGCAAAACAACCUGGGUAAAUAGUAAAUAAAUGUAAAAAUUUGAAAGAAAUCAUGAAAGGUGAUAGUGCUUCAUACGUGUGGAUGAGUGCAGGUAUCUUUUUGAGUGUGAGCUGCAAUUACAAACCUGACCACGAUACAAUUUCAGAAGUGAUGGAAAUGCAACAGGAAACAUGGCCUGGGAAUUUCACUAUAAUUUAUAAUUUAUUGCAGUUUGCCUGUAAUAUAUUACCAAGGCGUCACCUUCUCAGCCGAAUCUCUUUACUUGAAUCUUAAAAUGAAUGUGUUUAAGAAGCUCUCACACCUGCCGACCAUGUGUUUGAAAGCAAAUGGAUGCAGCACAGUUGCACCAGGAAAAGUUCUCUUAUUUUCUUCUAGAAGUGACAGUGUUUAAUAUUUCUUUGGAAUAUUAAGAAUGGUCACAUGCUGUAUGUCAGCAGUUAUCCAAGAUGAACUGGGGAUUUGUUUUAUUCAAAAUAUUCAAGCAAAACAUUGUCUGACAUUUCUUUGUGCCAUGAUCUUUUUCUGUAAUGCUGUGUGUUGUCUGUUAUGUUGUCAGCACCUGUAAUUCUAAACUAACCCAAAUGUGAUGUUAGUAAUGCAAAAUUUGUAUUUAUUUUUUUAUAUUUUGUUACUUCAGAUGUAUGUUUCAUGUUUCGUAAGGCAAAUAUAUUCACUUUAUUGUAAAUAUGCUUUUAAUUUAAGAGCCACAUGAUGUUGUAAUCUUAUAAACCGUCAUCCUAAUUUUUUGAUUAAAUUUUUGAAAUUACAGAAAUGAAGGUUAUUUAUACAGGUAAUUGUAUCCCAUUAGCCUUAUUAUAUAUAACAUAUUUGCCGCUUCAAUUUGAAGUAUUUAAUCAUUUAGGCAUAUUAACAACAACAAAGUGAAAUAUAUAAAUGUAAAUACUGUAAGAUAGGGAGGAAUGGAUGUCCCAGGUUUAAUGAGACUUGUUUUGGUUGGGGGCUACACGCCCCAAGGUGCAGGGAUGGGAGAUGGAGGGGGGACAUAAUUUGGCAUUUUUGGGGUUUGGUUACAAAUAGAAAAGCUGUUUUACAUUCUGCAAAAGGAGUCUAGUAGAUGGGCAUUGGGACUACAGAGGUAACAUCAACAAAGGUAUUUUUAUUUUAUGUUAUUUUAUAUGUGGUUAGGUGACGGAAUUGCUCAUCACCUGACAAUCCUGGGGCAUCCAUGCUCCUAAAUUAUAUUAUACGUAUCGCAUAUACUAUGCCAUACAGGAUGGCUCAAAAGUAGAGUAGCAGUUAAACUGUUGUUGUUUUCUGAAUAACUUUAUUAAAGAGUUAAACCAUGCACACAUUAAAAUUGAAAUAAAAAAAUUUCUACCAUAACAGUGUUUUAGAAAUUGAAAAGUAGGAAAUUAAAUGGUAAACAUAAGCGUGAGAUCAUGAACAUUACAAUCCUUAUACAAAUGUUGUGCACUUAAAGUGAUAUUACUGUAAACCUACUUUUGAGCCACCCUACGUUAUAAUACAUCUUUUAAUUGUAAACAGGGUAAAAAAUUUUAACCUCAUGUUUUUUCGAUGGGCUUGAAAUUAAAAUUGAUCGCUCAGUUUAACUGGGGUCAAAUAUUCCAUGUAAUAAAAAUAACACCUUUCUUUUGGGUAGUAUUAAUAGCACUAUGUGGCAAGUAAUCAUUCGAUUCAGAUGUAUAUUUCUCCACACUUUGGGAAAGUAUGGUAGUUUUACAGGUUUAACAUUCAGUAAACUGCCUGUUUUAUUUUUUUCUUGAAAUGACAGGUAAAAGUAUGCAUUGAAAAAUACACUAUUAAGUAAGAAGAGACUUGUAGCUAAUUUCCAAUACCUAUCCACCAUGUCAUCUUAUAAUUAUGUUUCAAUGAAUGCAUGAAUAUGUAAAAAAAAAAAAAAGUUAAUUUGGUCUCCUUAAAAUAGUGCCUUAUAAAUAUUUGAAUUUAAAUGGCUACAUAUAUUUUUCACAGGUACAUGCUUGUGAGGGAAAGAGACACCAAAUUGUAACAUCAUUUUUUUGUAUUUUAAUGCUUUUGAUAUUUACAAUUUCUGUAGCCACAGUUUUAUCACAUGUAUGUUUUGAGUGAAUGUUUCAGCAUUAAUUAUGGUCACAUGGUGUGUAAAUUAGGUAUAAAGUUUAAUUGAUAGCUAAAAAACCAUGUUGACAAUGGAUGUUAAUUUGUUUUUUUUUUGGUGAGCGAUUAUAAUGUUGUAGUUCUUAAUUCACUACUCAAAAAACGUUUUGACUGGGUUUUAACUUGGUAUAAAAAGUAUUAACUUGUUGCUCUAAACUAUUACAUGUUAUGCAGAUUUUUUACUACCUCUUUAAACUUCUCUGGUUUUGUUGUAGAGAAACUCCAGAAGCUUUGCUAGCCACAUUUAAGCAAUGGACGUGUCUAAAUCAGUUUCAGUACUACAAACCUAGGAAAUUAAGUCGAAUGCACUUGUGAAGAUCAGCCAUUUCCAGUAUUUUGUGAAAAUGUUUCUCAUGUUUUGUUUUGAAAUUAAUUUCACCUGUUUUUUCUGAACCAAUACUAGGUGUAAACAUGACAACAAAUAAUUAUUUGUAUUACAACAAAACUUCCUUGAUUGUUUGAAUUACUGUAAUGACUGCUUAGCUACAUUUACAGUAAGUCCAUCAUUAUUUGAACAUUUUAAAUGGGUUUUGAUAAUUGUAAAUAAAUGUUUAACAGGACUGUUUAAAAA